GUUUUUGUCUUCUGGUUCAAUGGAGGUGUGAAAGUUGCAGAGAGCACACGAGGGCCGGAGCAAACUGGAAAGCAAGUACACAUUUUAAGUCUUCAGCUUUGGCUGCUUCGAUUGCUUGGACUGUUCUUGUUCUUCUGCCACUCUGCUUUCUCACUCGGCUGCUGUGAUAACCCUUUAUUGAAUUGAUGGGUUCUGGAGGUUGUACCAAUGAUAUUUUGGAAUUCCAAGAACAAUCUCCAAAAUCUUGUGAAGAUUUGGACAAGGCUAAGGUUGGGGAGCCACAAAAGGAUGGUGAGCCACAAGCUGAAUUAGGGCCUAUUACUCCUGAAGCUGACCGAGAGAAUGGGGAAUCCCAACCAACAUUUUUGAAGAAACCGCCAGUUUUAACUGUCAAGUCCAAUAGAGAUGGGGAUGACCCUUUUGGUCUUUCUGAUGAUAGCAGCGGCAGCCCCAGGACACCUGAGGAUGGAGUUUUUGAUCCCUUUGCCCCUGGUCCGGAGAAGCUGGCAAUGGCGCCUAUGUGUAAGAAGUUUGUCAGCAAGUCGAGGAGUGUGGUUGCUCGUCAGCUGAGUUUUGAUUCUCCGGUACAAAUUUCAGAAGAUGAGAUUUCUACCAAUGGUGUGGAGUCCCUUUCGGAUGAAGAAAUAUUUGAAGCUGUGUAUGAAAAUUUAUUGGAAGCUAUUGUAUCUGAUCUGACUCUCAGUGUUCUUGGUGAACGUGCAAGGAAGGAUUGGGACUGUGGUGAUGACUGUACAACACCUCCUGGAACUCGGCUAAGUGGAAUUGCUGAAACCUGUCCCGGUGCUCCCUCGAGGCCCUCUGGGAAAUCAAGGAAGAUUGAUUUGGGCUUAAUCAGAAAGCUCGAAUUUUAAUUGACUCAUGUGGUUACAUCUGAAGUACUGGUACUUCCUUCCUACAGCUGCAUCUUUUGCUAAUCUCUCUCUGUCUCUCUCUGCCCCUCUCUCUGACCAAGAUCAUACAGUAGUGCUAGCAUUGUAUAGUAGUUGAUGAAAUUAUUGUGCUUCAGCUAAGAAAAGUAGGCAUUAUUUAAAUUUCAGCAUUGGCAGCUACUCUAGCGCUUGUAUCUCUUCUUAUGAAUAAUAUUUAUAAUUGGUUGCUGCCAGUA